UAUUUCCACCUCUUCUCCGUCAAAUCCUCAGUCAAGAUUUUCUUGAGGAAUUCAUUUCACCAACAAACCGAUUACUUCAAAUUCCACCACCACCACCACACCGCCAUACGACACCGUUUUAUCCCUUUGCUUCUCGCCGGAGACCCAGUGAAUAAUUUAGAUACUCCAUUUUUGCUUGGUUUGAUUCAACUGAGCUUAAUCUUAUUUACAUAUUGUUAGAAUGCUGAAUACCUUCUUAAAAUAAGAAUGAUAACGAUUGUGUGAUAUCAUGACAUGGGUCCUGUUCUGGACCUAAAAUAACGGAUGGAACCACAAUGAAAGCUUCGACUAGUAAAGGUCAUCCAUCUUUUGCAUCAAUGCUGAACGAUAAAAACAUGAAACCUGACGUAGCAAACUGUAAGAAUGGCGAUGAGGGUGGUUCGGGUCAACCGCAAUCUAUUGAUGCUACCGCUUCUUCAAGCUCUUUUGGUGACACAUUUUCUGAUCAUGGAACUCGCGGAUAUCAAAGUGACAAUGAGGUUAUGUCGGAUUUACGUGGGGACGCUGCACCAAUGCGCUCGUUAGGUGGAUCAGGUGACUUGUUUCCCUCGAGGAAGAAAAGGGUGACAUCUCAUUGGAGGAAGUUUGUACAACCGAUUAUGUGGCGUUGUAAAUGGGUCGAAUUGCAGCUUCGGAAAUUCGAGUCCAUGACCAUCAUGUAUGAUGAAGAGAUCGAAAAGCUUAAUCAAACAAAACAGUUGAAAUACAAAAACUUUGCGUUAGAAGGUCGUUGUGCAAGGUCUAUGCCUUUUGUUCAUGAUUCGCAAAGACAAAAACUGAUGAAGAGGAAGAUUAGGAAAAGACAUGAAGAGUCAGACGCUGAAUUGUACAUGUUACAUCACAACAUAUCCUCGUAUUUUGCUACUUGCAGGUCCCCCGCUCAUGGUCCAACAAUGGAUGAUGAUGAGACUAACCUAGGCCCAUCUUCCCCUAAGAACGUGUGCAACGAGUUUAGAGUCCCCGAUGAGUUGUUAUCUCUCGACUUCGGAGACGGUUAUUCCUUCGAACAAAUACUUUGGAAGAUUGAAGUUUCACAGUCGCAAGUCUCCAAAAUGAAGAACCGACUCGACACUGUAACGACCGAAAAUGCUGGAAGGAUCUCAUCCACCGAGGACUUGAUCUUGCAAGAAUCUAAUAACCCAUUGACUCGCGCCGUGAAGGAACCGGAUUUUCCAACCGACAUGAAAGGACAGUCUAUAGUUGCUACAUUUGCAUCUCAGCUAAUGAAAUUAAAUACGAGUGAUGAUGUGGUCAAAGUCAAACCUGAAAAUGCACCUUCUGAGUCAACUCAUGUUCAAGAUGCAAACGAACCCAUGGAACAGCCGCACGAUGCUUCAAGAAAACGAAGUACGGAUGGAAUUUUGAUAUACAACCGCAGAGCAAAGAAGCCACAAACAGAUUCUGCUACUGUAAAGGUUGAAGAAAAUAUCGAUGAAGAAAAGAAAAACAUGGCUCCUGUUUCGGUUUCUGAAGGUUCGAGCCAGAAUGAACAACCAGCUCCAAAAAUACGUUCGAUUUCCAAAAUAACCACCCCAAAAAACACAAAAAGGAGAGCUGCUAGACCCCGGCGCAAGAGUGGCUCGAGCCGGUGGAGCCGAAGAACCUCAGGUUAGGCCUUGGAAUCAUCAUGUACAUCCCCUAACCAGCUUUUCUAUGUUAUUAAUUUUUUGUGAAUAAGAACCAUCUCUGUUGAAUAUCGGGUUUGGAGAUACAUGUAUAUGGUUUUUAAUUAGUAGAUCUCAUUGUUUUGAAGAAAUUUGAUUGAUCUUUGUUCAUCACUUGAAUUCAAGAGGAACUAAAAUAAUGAUGCUGACAUUUCAUAA